AUGAGCGUCACAAACUUCGAGACGCUGCCGAACGAGCUGGUCAAGCUCAUUGCAACCAGGUCGGAUGCUACAACAACUCUCAAUCUUGCUAGAACAUGCCGUCGAUUUCGAGCAGCCUGUCUCGACGACUUGAUAUUCAGAGAGAUAUUGAGCAACGCGCAGACUGACCUUUGGCACAACUCGAGCUUGGAUCUCGUAGCCAUCUCAGAGCGCUGCUCUACGGACGCACAUCUUUGGGCUCGGUAUGCCGUAGCAGAUCAGAGAGCUCUUGCUGCACUUCAAGGAGAGUACUUGGGAUCCAAAGACUUUAUCUCAUGGCUGCCCGAGCUGUUGGUCGUGAAGCAUCCGAUAAUGUACGAAAAGUGGUGCAUCGAUCGCUCGAGUGACACCGACAUUGACUCCGACGAGAGACAGAUGUUCUGCAUUGUGAUGGCUCAACUUGCUCAGGAAUCAUUCGACAACAGAUCAGCACGGGACAUGAGAGAGUUCCUCGACAAGACCUUCGACUGCCCGGUUGUUGAGACUUCUGCAGGAUAUUUGCGGACUAUGUACAACGUAAUAUUGGUCGUGCAGCGCUUGCUCACCACCAGAAGCUCAUUAUACAAUCAUGCGGCAAGAGUGACAGCUAUAAGCUUACCAGGGCCUUUGAAACUUGCGCUUCGACCUCUUGGCCGUGACUACCAGCUGCCGCUGCCCCUUUCUGGUUCAAAGUUGAGCACUAAAGACUGGCAGAAGUGGUAUGUGAGGCACAGUUCGGCCCGUGCGAAGUCCUCGGACAUUCCGGAGGGCCAGUGGACAGGCUACUAUACCUAUGGUGGUUCUUUCAUGAAGGACCAGUUGGAUGCACCAAUGGUGGAGAUACAAUUCGUGCGCCGUCGAGUCGACUCCGUCGUGCUUCAAAGUUGUGCAGACCCCGAAGCAGAAGUGCUGGACACGAUUAUGGCAGAAAACUGCCGCGAUGGUGUUGCAUCGUUCAAGAUUGAGGCCGCCAUCCAGCUCUUGGAAAGUCGAUGA